GUUGAAAAGCAACUUUUUAAACUAGCGUGCUGUAGGAUAUUCCAUUUUUUUGUCGCUACCUUUUUCGACGUGAAAAACCAAAGAGACGCCGGAAAAAUCAGAAAUGGCCAGCACAGACAUCCCGAUGGAGGCAGCCGUGGAAACGGCGACCGGCCUCACGCCCAAUUCAAACGCGAACUCAAAAAAUGUGCUGAAAAAGCUGCCCGCCAGCGCCGGAGCCGGAACGGGCGAGGAGGCGUCUGCCACCAAUGCUAAUGCCAACGCCGACGAAAUGACGUCCCGCGACUACUACUUCGAUUCGUACGCCCACUUUGGCAUCCACGAGGAGAUGCUGAAGGACGAGGUGCGGACCGUCACAUACCGCAACGCCAUGUACCACAACAAACAUCUGUUCCAGGGCAAGACCGUCCUGGACGUGGGCUGCGGGACCGGUAUCCUGUCAAUGUUCGCCGCCAAGGCCGGUGCCGCCCAGGUUAUUGCCGUCGACUGCUCCAACAUCAUUGAAUUCGCCCGCCAAGUGGUCAUAGACAACAACUUGCAGGACGUGAUUAAGGUGGUCAAGGGAAAGAUCGAGGAGAUAGAACUACCCAAUGGUAUUGAAGGUGUGGACAUUAUCAUAUCCGAGUGGAUGGGAUACUGCCUCUUUUACGAGUCUAUGCUGGACACAGUCCUUUACGCUCGUGACAAGUGGCUUAAGCCCAACGGUAUGAUGUUUCCGGAUCGGGGCACACUGUACAUCACCGCCAUCGAGGAUCGGCAGUACAAGGACGAGAAGAUCAACUGGUGGGACGAUGUGUAUGGAUUCGACAUGAGCUGCAUCCGUAAGGUGGCCGUGACCGAACCACUUGUCGAUGUGGUGGAUCCCAAGCAAGUGGUGUCCACGUCCUGCAUGGUCAAAGAGGUAGACCUUUAUACCGUGCAAAAGGCGGAUCUCAACUUUUCGUCCAAGUUCAGCCUGAUCAUCAAGCGCAACGACUUUGUGCAGGCGCUAGUCACAUACUUUAACAUCGAGUUUACCAAGUGCCACAAGCGACUUGGGUUCAGUACGUCUCCCGACUCCACGUACACGCACUGGAAGCAAACUGUGUUCUACUUGGACGAUCACAUGACGGCCAAAAAGAACGAGGAGAUCACCGGCACGUUCCAAAUGAAACCUAACGAGCGGAACAACCGCGACCUGGAUUUUGUCAUCGACAUCAAUUUCAAAGGGGAGCUGUCGGAGAUACAAGAGUCCAACACAUACCGCAUGCGCUAGGGUCAUAAUCACGCCGAACGAGCGUUGUGGGCUGGGGCUCUGAGCCCUCCUCUUCCGGAAAGGAUAUAAACAAUGACUAGACGUAAGGUUUAUUCCAGUACGAAAAUGUGCAACGCCAACGAAUUUGCGUUGCUGCGUCUUCUCUCUCCCUAAGUUUAAAGUGUGUACCUUUGUUAGUAUACCUAAUAUUUUUACAACUGUGCGCCUGUUUAAAUUAUUAUUCGAACAUACUUCUAAGAAAAGUUGUACAGUAGCACGUCAAUUCUCACCACAAAUAAACUGUGCCUCGCAGCACUCCCCCUUUUUGCCGGAAAA